AUGCGCACCUCAACCCUCACCCUCCUCACAGCAACAGGCGCCCUCACAUCCGCCUUUCCCCAAGCAUCCAACUACGCCACCUCCGGCACCUCCGCCGGCGUCGUCCCCCUCGGCGACAACUGCGACCCCAACACCUCCACCUGCGCCCUCAACUCCCAAUGCUACGCCACAAACUCCAUGCUCCAACCGCGCUGCGGAAACUUCCAAGCCGCCUGCACAAUCAACGAGCAAUGCGCUUUCAACACUUGUAACGUGCAGCAAGGGCUGUGUAAUGGGUUCUUGAGUUCCAUUGGAGGCUCGACAGCGACAUCGAUAGGUCCGAUGGGUUCGAUGGCGGGAUAUGUGACUACGACUUCAGUUUCGGGAUCAGCGACGGGGACGACGACGAUUAUUUCUACGAAGACUGUAACGGCGACGACGACGGUGCAGGGUGUGAGGAAUGGGACGAUGACGAUGAGGCCGACUGGGAGUGGGGGGUUGAGGCCUACUGGGAGUGCGAGGCCGAGUAGCAGUGUGGUGCCGUAUACUGGUGCUGCGGAUGGGCUUGAAGCUGGGAGUGUCUCUUUGAUUUUGGCCGUGGUGUUCGGGCUUGGGGCUUGGGCUUUGUAG